AUGGCGGCUCAGGCGGCGGCGGCAGCCCAGGCGGCGGCCCAGGCGGCGCAGGCCGAGGCGGCCGAGUCGUGGUACUUGGCGCUCUUGGGCUUCGCCGAGCACUUCCGCACCUCCAGCCCGCCCAAGAUCCGCCUGUGCGUGCACUGUCUGCAGGCCGUGUUCCCCUUCAAGCCGCCGCAGCGCAUCGAGGCCCGCACGCACCUGCAGCUCGGCUCCGUGCUCUAUCACCACACCAAGAACAGCGAGCAGGCGCGCAGCCAUCUAGAGAAGGCGUGGUUGAUAUCACAGCAAGUCCCUCAGUUUGAGGAUGUCAAGUUUGAAGCAGCGAGUCUCUUGUCUGAAUUGUACUGUCAGGAGAAUUCUGUAGAUGCAGCAAAGCCCCUCCUGAGGAAGGCGAUCCAGAUCUCGCAGCAGACACCAUACUGGCACUGCCGCCUGCUCUUCCAGCUCGCCCAACUGCACACGCUGGAGAAGGACCUGGUGUCGGCCUGCGACCUACUGGGUGUGGGGGCUGAGUACGCCCGCGUGGUGGGGUCUGAGUAUACACGGGCGCUGUUCCUGCUCAGCAAAGGGAUGCUGCUGCUGAUGGAGCGAAAGCUGCAGGAGGUCCACCCGCUGCUGACGCUGUGUGGGCAGAUCGUCGAGAACUGGCAGGGGAACCCUAUCCAGAAGGAGUCACUUCGGGUCUUCUUCCUGGUGCUGCAAGUGACCCACUACCUGGAUGCUGGGCAGGUGAAGAGUGUGAAGCCGUGCCUGAAGCAGCUGCAGCAGUGUAUCCAAACCAUCUCCACGCUGCAUGACGAUGAGAUCCUGCCCAGCAACCCUGCCGACCUCUUCCACUGGCUGCCCAAGGAGCACAUGUGCGUGCUCGUCUACCUGGUGACCGUGAUGCACUCCAUGCAGGCUGGCUACCUGGAGAAGGCACAGAAAUAUACAGACAAGGCCCUCAUGCAGCUUGAGAAGCUCAAGAUGCUCGACUGCAGCCCUAUCCUGUCCUCCUUCCAAGUGAUCCUGCUGGAGCACAUCAUCAUGUGCCGGCUCGUCACGGGGCACAAGGCCACUGCUCUGCAGGAGAUCUCCCAGGUCUGCCAGCUGUGCCAGCAGUCCCCGCGGCUCUUCUCUAACCAUGCAGCGCAGCUACACACGCUGCUGGGCCUGUACUGCGUCUCAGUGAAUUGCAUGGACAAUGCGGAGGCCCAGUUCACCACAGCCCUGCGGCUCACCAACCACCAGGAGCUGUGGGCCUUCAUUGUCACCAACCUGGCGAGUGUAUACAUCCGGGAAGGAAACAGGCACCAAGAGGUACUGUACAGUCUGCUGGAGAGGAUCAACCCAGACCACAGCUUCCCUGUCAGCUCCCACUGCCUCCGGGCGGCUGCCUUCUACGUACGUGGGCUCUUCUCUUUCUUCCAGGGGCGCUACAAUGAGGCCAAGCGGUUCCUGCGGGAAACUCUGAAGAUGUCCAACGCAGAGGACCUGAACCGGCUGACGGCCUGCUCCCUGGUGCUGCUGGGCCACAUCUUCUAUGUGCUGGGGAACCACAGAGAGAGUAACAACAUGGUAGUGCCCGCCAUGCAGCUGGCCAGCAAGAUCCCUGACAUGUCAGUACAGCUGUGGUCAUCAGCCCUGCUCAGAGACCUGAACAAAGCCUGUGGGAAUGCCAUGGAUGCACAUGAGGCUGCCCAGAUGCACCAGAACUUCUCGCAGCAGCUGCUCCAGGACCACAUUGAGGCCUGCAGCCUCCCAGAGCACAACCUCAUCACGUGGACGGACGGCCCACCCCCUGUGCAGUUCCAGGCCCAGAAUGGACCCAACACCAGCCUGGCCAGCCUCCUGUGAGGCUGGUCCUGGGAUGGCCCUGACGUAACCCUGCCGGCCCAGAGUUGCUCUUUCCAGGCAUGGUGUGGGCACCGUCUUCUGUUUGGGGCCAGGCCCCAUGCGCCUUGCUGGAAGGACAGUGGAAAGCUUACCACCCACCCUGGGGCUGUGGUGUGUGUAUCAGGUCGGAGCCACCCUGGUAGUGGACACUGAACACAUUCCCCUUCUCUACGUUGAAUCACGUCGAAUCCAGCCCACCAGGAAGCAGAGCUGGUGUGGGGCAUGGCCCUCUGUACAGGUGGUGACCUCCACUUUGACGGCGCAGGGCCCUCACAGUUCAUGCAGGCAGUGUCCAGAGCCAUGGCUUCAGCUCAAAUUGAAAAUUUGGAGGGAAAAAAGUGACAACUCAUGGAGGGGACAGUGCAUGUCCACUGCAACGCUUGUCCCAGCCUCUCUGCAUCCACCCGAUGGCCAUGGCCACUGCCCAGCGGCCCUCUAAGGACUCGCAUUUCCAGAUGCCAUCAGCUUUGUGUUCGGGGAUAUAUGUGUCUAGAUGUGUGUAUGUAUGCGCAUGUGUGUGCAAGUGUGGGCUAGGGACACGGAGCUGGAGCAGGGCUUCCAGCCUGGAAUGAGAGGCCUUUCCUCUCAGCAGCUCUGUGGUCCCCUCUUGAGAAGAAGGGCGCCCCCUACUUCCCUGCCCCACAGGGUGUCCCAGAGCUGGUCACAGGCACUCUGCCGGCCUCAGACAGCUGGCCAGCCAUACACCCUGUCUGGUUGUCCAGAAGGCACCCCAGCAGGCAUUGGUAACCAGGCUAUGCAGCCGCAUCCUGUUCCCAGCACCCCCAGCACGCAAGGCGGGCAGUCUGGCUCACUGACUGGCUUGCUGACUGGGAUCUCAGCACACCUGUGCUGUGAGGCUGCCACUUCAAGUAUCCGUCUGUGCCAAGAAUGUGGGGACUUCCUGAGUCUGUGUUCCAGUCUGGGGGCCUGGCCAUGCCUUAGCCUCGCAGGGACCCUGUCCCUGCAUCACCUUGGGUUGCCUCAGGAGCCCCUGGCCUGUCUUCCUCCCAAGCCUUGUCCUCUGCCCAGUCCCACCAGAACGGAGCCCCUUGAGGGAGCCCCCGGCCCCUGCAUCCCCUGGCCAGGCCCAGCUACAUGGCUUCUCAGCCCCGCAUCUGCUCAAUCACGUUGUUCAUCAUGUUCGUCUGCAUAUUUAUUAAGCCUUUCUCUGCUGAUACGAUGUUUGUGUUAGAGCAAUUGGAAUAAGAACCUCACAGCUUAACACCUGCCCUGGUGUUUGCUUUUAGUGACCACCCUGUUUUCUGUGUAUAUGUGAAGUUAAGGAUAAAACCGUAAGUUACAGUAAGAAUCCAGUACCCGAUAUUUAAUGUUUCACUCUGUGGAAGCCAAACCACGUUGUGAGCGCAUGUGUGCACUUGUGUGUGCAUGUUAACGUGUGCACUUGUGUGUUUGUGUGUGUGCUUGUGCGUGUGUGUGCACAGUCUUUGAACCUUCCUUCACAGUAGCAUCUUUGAUUACAUAAAUCUUUUGAUUACUACUUUUUUUGUGAGUCCAUCUGGGCAGCGGCCGGUGAAUUUCAGGACGCUGACCAGACUUUGGUGCCACCUUGUGGUGAACGCGUGCUCGACCUCUCUUGCGCUCCCAGGGUCCGUCUGCUUCCCUCCCAGGGAACGGGCAGAGGACCCGGAACUGCUGCGCCGCAUGGAUGGCUCCUUGUCUCUCAGUUUCGUUAAGAGUUUUAAUAAUGAGCGUGUGUGGUGUGAUGUCUUUUCAUGGGUUUGUAGUAUUUGAUUUUAGCAGCCUGUAACUUCAGCUGGUGCUUUUAAUCAGGAAGAGAACUAGAUACAAAACACUGUUCAUAAGCGUAACCGUACAGCACAGCCCCACCUGUGGGUCUCCUGUCUAUCCAGAGUAAAGUAACUUGGCAGGAGCUUCGUGUUUUUGUGCUUGUACCUUCCCCCUCCCGCGUGACCCGGUGGGCAGG